AUGGACGCAUCAAUUUUAAAUCAUCUUUUUCUCCCACAACAUUUACCAUCGUCUGCUGAUGCCGAUUAUCUAAUCGGACAAAAUCAUCAACAUGAACAUGAAUUAUUAGAAUACAUGAACGAGUAUUUUUAUACAAUUGCAUCCACUGAUAUAGUGAACAAAUUACCGGUGAUGAGCAUACUAAUGGAGUGUAUUAACCGUUGGUCUCAUUUACAAAAUCGACAUAAUUAUUCUAUAACAAAUAUUCAAUCAACUCUCGAACAAAUACCAUCGGAUCAUUUUCUUCCUCUUUAUUUUCAUGCUCAAAAUGCUGCGAUUUUAAUUGAAAUCGAUUCAAAUAAUAAUCAACCAUUGAUAUCAGCUUGGCAAGUUCUACUACCGACUGAUGUAAUUACGUCUUCAUUAAUGCCACACUUUUCCUGUUUUCCAGUGGCAACAUACCGAUUACGUGAUCGAUCGGAAUUAGCUGCUCAAGUUCAGUGUGAAUUAUUAAUGAAUUUUAUGAUCGAUACGAUUGAGUAUUCAAAAUCUUAUAAAGCAUCGAAUGUAGUUGAUGAAACACGUGAAGUUCCACAAUCACAUUAUGUAUGUUGUUGGUGGAUAGAACAAUUUGAAGGUGUAAUGGUUGACAAAACUCCCGGUAAUUCUGUUCAAUUCAAGAAAAAACAUCGUGAUCAAAUUCGAUGGAAUAGUGCAGCACUUCCCUUUCGACGAUCAGGAUUAUGGAUGACUAUCAAAGUCGUAUUACAUACAAUUUUAAUUAAACGUUUACAAACUCUCGGUACUAUUGUCUAUAAAUUACUAAUUACCCAUUUUUUUACUUAUGUUAUUAAAAAUAUACCAAUGCCCGUAGAUUUAUUGGUUCAUUGUAUCAGAAAAAUUGCACGAAGAUUAAAUAAAAUCAAAGAUUUAUUAGUUUCUAUUAAAUACGAUGACAAGAAUAUUCAAAUAUGGAUCAAUAAUACAAAGCAACAAAUUGAAUUUGACAUUAAAAGUAAAAUGCCUGAUCCAAAUUGGCAAAAUGUAAUUCGAAUGAAUGAAAAACUUCGUGUUGAUUUUUGCGAAAAGUAUUCGAAAUUAAAUAACAACCGGAAUAUUUAUAAACAUUCAUGUGAAAAACUGCAGAACUAUUUGUAUGAUUGUAUUAAUUCAGAUAAAGCAUCUGUUCGAUUUAAACCCACUUAUGCCUAUGAUGAUCCAAGUACAAAAGAUCUGAAUGACUAUAUUCCUUCAUACGAUGUAUUAACAAAAAAAAUAGAAUGUACGACUAGUGUUGCUUUGACUUACAUGGAAAUUUGGGUUGAGCUAUGCUUGGAGCAAUGGAUCAAUCACAAUUCAUCCACAAUACAUGGAAAAAAUCGUUUCAAAAUUUUAUUUGAAUUUUUCGAAACAUAUCAAUCUGCUGCAUUAAAUCAUUAUUAUUCCGAAAAAGGUUCGAACGAUUCCAUUGGUUACAGUCGAUUUAUUCUAACAUCACUAACAAUUCUUUAUUGUAUGCAUCAAAAAUUAUGUCAGAAGGGAAGCUUUAUACGAUUAAAAGAACAUUCUAUAGAUAUUCCAAAUUUAUUCGACCUGUUUGAAUUGUUAACUUUACCAACCCGUGAUGAUAUGGUUCGAGCAUAUAAUCUCUACAAAUAUUUCGAAAACUUUAAGAAAAAACAAUAUCCUGAUAUUUUGAGCAAUAUCGAUUCGAAAAAUGCUUUCGGUGUUUACUAUGCUGGUCAAUCAACAACAAUGCUUUAUAGUAUUCAAAGAAUUCAAUCACAAGCUGACAGAGAUAAACAUGAUAAAAUUGUGGAGGUCAAUGAAGCAAAGGAAAAAUACGCACAACUGAUGGACGUAGUCAAUCAGACUGUAUGUGAUCCUUGUACAAGGAAGCAUAAGAAAAAGUGUGCUCGAUGUAAAACAUUGUCAGAAGCAAAUAAAAUCCGAGUGCAAGUUUUCGAAUGUCCAAUACCAUCGAAACUCGAAAGUGCAUUGGCAAUGAUCUUCGAAUUACAAAUGCCAAUUGAAAUUCGAUGCUAUCGAGAUGUUCUCUGGCAGUUUAUUAGUCGGCUUCAAACAGAAACGAAAAAUAAUAUUCACGAAUGGUUAAAAGUUCCUCCACAUGACAGUAAAUUAAAAUCUUAUAACAAUAAUUCAAUACAAUCGAAGGUUAAAUUGGUAUCAUCAACAAAAUCUAUAACACAGACUCACUAUUCCUGUCCACCAUCCAUUGGCUCUACACCAGUCACUGAUUUUUUAUUUGAAAAUAGUCUAAAAGUUCAAAUUUCACCAAACAAACCAAUGCCUUUUGACGAUGAAUGUGUUAUUUUAACGCCUAAAAUUAAUCAUCCUGAUUACAAAAAAUUACAAUUUACAAUACUUAACACAGAAUUUUUACAAAAUCAUGUCAUCGCCCAAUUAGCUGAUUGUUCAAUACGAAUGAAACCAACACAAUUUGUAGAAUUUGGUUCAUUUCGAUCCGGACAUCGAUUACAAUGGUGGAAUCUUUUGAUUAUGUUUGAAAUGGAUUCUCUUUUACUUGCUGAAGAAAGUGUGGUAAUAUUAAUCAUGCAUUCAUUACUUCAAUAUGGUCCUGUAGCAACACAUCCUUCCUCAUUCUCGAAUAGUUGGUGUCCGGAAUCGCAUCGAGAGUUAUUAGAAGAUCAUUUUGUUGAUGAAUUCAUAUUAAGAUUAGAUCGUCGUUUAGAUGAAUGCAAAUUAAAUUGGCAAAAUGAAUUAGUCUUAUUAAUUAUUUCGAUAAUAACAAUGAGAAUAUUGACAAUAUGUAAUUCAUCGAAAGUCGAUAAAAUUGUUAAUUUAGCAAAAAAAACUCGUCGAAUUAGUGAAAACUGGAUUGAUUCUAUAACAAAAACAAUUCAGACAAUUUCACCAACAGCAUUUGAUGAAGUCGAAAGACUUCGUAUUAAAAUGAUCAGUAUUGCUAUUGCCUGUGUUUUAACAUUUUCAACUCAUGACGAUCGUAUUAAACAGCUCAUAUCAUCUAAUCAAGAUAUUAUAUCUUUAUUAAAAGCAGCUGCUACUAUUCAUGAUAAUAUUAUUUUAAAUCGAAACGAAUCAAAUAUCAGUCCAUUAAUGUCAAAUUUAAUUCGAUAUGCUGAACAUGUUUUAGUCGUAGUACAACCAUUCGUAGCAAAAUUUCUUCGAAAAACAUCACAUGAAAGUUUAAAUGACUUUGUUACAAUCUAUUGGGCAGUUAUGCGAAGUAAAGGUCAAAUGAAAGGCGAAUGGAAAAAACGAACAAAAUAUGCAUUUGAUGGUUGGUACGAUUGUCGAUAUGAAUCGAGAUUUAUAUCAAUUGAUUGCAUCAAAGGAACGUUCUUAGUCGAUGGAUUAACAAUAGGUUUUUUACCUAAAAACAUUAUUUCUCAUCAAUUAUUUGUACGUGUAUUUGGUCAACAUGUUUUUGAAGUUCAAGCAGCUGAAUCGACAAAUACUUAUAUAACAAAACACGCAUACCAUGACGAUGGUCGAGUUCUAUAUGAAUUUUAUUUCAAUGAUCAAACAAAAGAUCUGAUUAUUAGGGAACGACAUGUACGAACAAAUGAAAUCUAUGAAUUAAUUCCUCAUACAUGUUUCGAUGAUGAAUUACCAAAUAUGUUUAUUUCAAAUUACAGUCAUUGGUGGAAUGCAGUAACCGACAUAGUCGAAUUUCGGUCGGUUUAUUUUAAAGAUUCGAAUUUUUUAAAGAAUAAAUUUUAUAUUCUCAAUCGAAAUACUGGAUUGAUUACAAUGAAUGAAAUUAAAAGAAAACAAAUUCUAAUUAACCAAUCAGCAGGUAUUUUUCAAAAACUAUUUUUACAAUAUUUCAUUCGUCUCGAUGAUAAACCAUAUGUCUAUAUGAUGGGAGACAAUCUUUUUCCGCAAAAUAAUCUUAUUAUCACCAUCCAUUUAUCUCAUUUACGAAUUGCUUUUCAUUAUAAUACAUCGACUCAAAUAAUUACGUCUCGCGAAUAUUCAGAUAUGCGUGUUGAUGAAGAUCAAUGGUUAGGAACACUUACAGGACUCACAUCCGGACUUCUACUUUCGCCAUUAUCAGUGCAUAAUAAUCAAUCAAACAAUUAUCCAUAUCGAAAAUUAAUUGUGCCAUUUGGAGAAGUUCAAAGUACAAUUCAAAAUGCUACACAUCAAACUGUUACAAUACAACGAACGUCAUUAUCUUCAGAUGAGUUUCUUUCACAUUAUUUUGUUUUCAUUUUAAAUGAUCGAUUAUGUAUUCUUCAAUCAACGGAUAGUCCAACUGGAUGGCUCUAUUUAGCACUAUUACAUGCUAUGACUUCUCAUCCAUUAUACGAUCAAUAUACAUCAAUGACAGGAAUGGAACGAGCUUUUCAAUUGUUAAAUUCAGCUGGUUGUUCAUCUGAUCAACCAUAUGAUACUUUGUCAUUAAAUAUACUCACUCAAAUCGCUUCAAUUUCACCAAAAGUUGAUUAUUAUCCACGACAUAUGACUUGUAUGGAAAAAAUCGACUGGAAUAACAAUGGUUUAUCAGCUUCGUUACAAAAUUUUGGCUAUUAUUUGAUUGUAAAAUCCCUCAUUCAUGCGAGUCAACAAUUGAAUUUCAUAAAUUCGUCAGAUGUUUCCAUUGAAAUUGCCAAACUUUUUAAAGAAAAAUACAAUAAUGAAGCAUUAUUAAAGAAACUCUAUUGGAACUAUCGAGAUUCAUACAAUCCAUUAGCAAGAUUACCCUUAGAAAUAGAACGGGAUAUAUUAAAUACUUUUACAUCAGCAGAAUAUCAUUCAAUUUUAGGAAAUACCUCGCAGACAACCAAUUAUCCAGUUAUUCAACUCGUGGAUGAUUUAUAUAAGAAAGGAAAUGUGACACUUAAAGAUUCCUCAUGUUUUCAUUGGUUACCUUUAUCUCAAUGGUUGAAUGAUGAAAAUCGACUCGAAAAUAUCUGGAUUAGUUUAUUAAAAUUGGUUGACGAUUGUAAAAAUCCAUUAACCGAUUAUCGUACAGAAGGUAUUCAACGUCUUCAUCGAUUGUUCGAUUUUUUUCAUUACAUUUCAAAUAAACGUAACAUUAAACCAUUCUAUAUACAAAUGUUAAAAACAGCAUUGAACUCGCCAGCGAUUUCGUUCAAUUCAAUCAAGUUUCCUCCAUUUAUUGACUAUCAAAAUAUUGAAGAAAUAUCUUUUAUAAAAAAACGCAUUUCGAUUUCGAAGAUUCCAACUGAACAAGCACGAAAUGAAAUUCUAGCUGAAAUUGAACGUUGUUUGAGAUCAAAUUCUACCUACCAGUGUCCUGAUGAUGUAAUAUCAUUUAUAAAUGUCACUCAAAUCAAUUUACUGCUUCGUUCAUGGCGAUUGAAUAGCGCUCUUCGAACUUUUCUCCAAUCUGUGCAAAAGUUGAUUCAUUCUGUUCGAAUUGAACAAUUUCAAAGUAAAGUAGUUUAUAAUACUCAAAAAUUUACACGUGAACUGUUUCUAAAUCAUUAUCAAAUAAAAGUCAAAUCUUCGAAGAAAUUAUUAAAUCAAGAUCUUCUAUUAAAAGCUGCACAGAAAUUUCAUCAUCAUCAUUAUAUAAAUCAUUUUCCUACAGAAAAGAAUUCAACAUCAAUUGCUAAACAACAACGUCAAUUUCCCAAUGAAAUUUUUCCGUUUAUUAAUAAUGAACAAAAUCCUCUAUGGAAAAUUGACAAUUAUUUUAGAGAUCAAUUAAAUGAGAGUUGGAAUAAAUUUCUUUUAAAUGAACAAUCCGAAGAAACAUAUCCAUCUGAGGACGAAAUAAAACGAUUACUCAAUUCCAUUCAAGACGAAACUGUAACAUUCAGUAUUGCACUAAUUCAAUCGAUAUUAGCACCAAAUGAAUUAUUGUUUAAUAGUGGUGUUUUACCACGACUGGUACCUUCAGUACUUAUACGAGUUUUACUAGAAAGAAAUAUACAUGCUGAAAACUCUCUGCCAUUCGAUUUAACUAUGGAUCAAUGUACAUUGUUAGGUGGUAUUCUUGUUAAUUGGACAUUAGAACAACAAUUAGAGCGAGCUUUACAUUUCCUUGCUUAUAAUAAAACUGAAGAUUUUAAAAAAGAAAUAUCCAAUAUUCCACAUUUGAAUUGGAUACCAUCUGAACAUAUCUAUUGGUUAAUUUUAGAACUUGAAAUGAAUAUUAUUAUUCGUGAUAUUCAAAUAAAAGUAGCACAUCAUAUGAUGCAAACAAAUGUGCCUACUGCAAACAAUAUCGUCAUGCAAAUGAAUAUGGGUGAAGGAAAAACAUCAGUGAUUUUACCAAUGUUAGCUGUUAGUUUAUCUUCUAUUAAUUCAACUCUAGUUCGUAUCGUAGUUUUAAAAUCAUUAUUUCCAACAAAUUAUCAAUCAUUACGAUAUAAAUUAGGUGGCUUAUUGAAUCGACGUAUUUUACCAUUCACUUGUCGUCGUGAUAUGAAUUUAACAUAUGAACAAAUUCAACGAAUUCAUAUUCGAUUUCAUCAAGCAUUAAAUCAUUGUGAUGUGAUAUUAACUUCACCAGAAGAUCUUCUUUCUUUCGAUCUUCUUACCAUUGAUAAAUGUCGACAAAAUAUAUUCGAUACUGCACAAUCUAUGUUAACUGUUCAACAAUGGAUUAAAACAUAUGCACGUGAUAUUUUAGAUGAAUCGGAUGAAAUUUUACAUGUUAAAUAUCAAUUAAUUUAUACGAUCGGUGGUCAAAAACAAGUUGAUGGAAGAACAGAACGAUGGAAAACAAUUCAAUCAAUCCUUGAAUUGGUUAAAAAAAAUAGUGCGGACAUUUCCGAACGUUUCUCUGAAGAAACUUGUUUUAAAAUUUCCGAACAAAAAAGUGUAUUUCCACAAUUUCGUUUACAAUCAGAUCUACCGUAUCCAUUAUUAUGUGAAAAGAUAGCGAAUGAUUGGAUUGAUAGUAGAAAUUAUCGACAAGCUGAUAAACAGAUUGUUCUUUCAUUUCUUCUACAAUCAAAACUAUCCGUUGAUCCUCUAAUCAACAAGUUUCCUUUUCUUGAAAUUCAAUUAUUUCUCAUUAUUCGUGGUUUAUUAUCAUCUGAAGUUUUAUUAAUUGCGUUGAAAAAACGACAUCGAGUUAAUUAUGGUAUUAAUCCAAAUCCAUCAUUUCAUCGUUUAAUGGCAGUACCAUUUCGUGCUAAAGAUGUUGCUGCCGAUCGGACCGAAUUUGGUCAUCCUGAUGUUGCUUUAGUUUUAACACAACUUUCAUAUUAUUAUUCUGGUUUAACAGAUUCUCAAUUGAUGCAAUGUUUUGAUCAUUUAAAUGAACGAGAAAGUGAUCCAGCAACUAUUUAUGAACAAUGGAUUUUAUAUGAAGGAAUGGGCAAUGUUCCUGAACAUAUUAAAUAUUGGAAUGGAGUGAAUUUAGAAGAUUAUCAUCAACGAACCGAACAAAUCUUCCCUACAUUUCGAUAUCAUAUGUUAGUUAUCAAUUAUUUUCUCAAUCGUUUUGUUUUUCAACGCGAAGCAAAACAAUUUCCUUAUAAAAUUGUUGCAUCAGCAUGGGAUCUUUCAUCAUCAGUACGAUCAAAGAUUAUUACAGGAUUUAGUGGUACAAAUGAUACACAAUUAUUAUUACCUGUACAUAUGAGAAUGCUUCCUAUUCCCAAAAAUGUUGGUGCAUUGUUUAUUGAUAAAACUAAUCGUGAUAUUGCUGUUCAUUGGUUAAAUUUAUCAGAUAAACAUCAAAUUGAUUAUGCUGUUUACUUUGAUUUCGAUUCUAUUGUUGUCUGUGAUCGACAAUAUCAUCAUCAACGAUUUGAAACAUCUCCGGCUAGUGAACGAUUAGAUCAUUGUGUAUUCUAUCUUGAUGAAAUUCAUACUCGUGGAACAGAUUUUAAAUUUCCUCAAGGAUUUCGUGCAGCAGUUACAUUAGGUAAUGGUUUAACAAAAGAUCGAUUUGUUCAAGCAUGUAUGAGAAUGAGACAAUUAGGACAUGGUCAUUCAUUAACAUUUUGGAGUUCAAAUGAAGUUCAUCAACAGAUAACAUCCUUAACUAAACAAUUAUGUUCAAGUGAACAAAAUUAUGUUAUUAAUAUUCUUCGUUGGGUAUAUCAAAAUACAAUUCAUUCGACAUGGGAAGGUUUACAUCAUUGGGCAGAACAAAGUUUAAGUUUUCAACGAAAAUUAAGUGCAUCGCAACAAAUGCAAGGAGCCGUUGCACGACAAACAAUGCCUAAUCAAGUCAUGAAAGAAUUUGCUGAACAAUGUUUAGAACCAGAAAUAAUUGAAUUACAACAAAUGUAUGGUACAUCAAAAGAGUUAUAUAAAUUAGAUGUGAUUUAUUCUGCUCGAUGUCAACAUUCUGUUUCUUUUUUAUCAUCUGAUAUUCAUAAUGCUGUUCUAAAACGAUUGCAAGAGUAUGGUGGAUCGAAAACACGUUUAUCACAGUUAUUAGAUGAAGAACAACAACGAGAAUUAGAACAAGAAUUAGAAGAAGAACGACAAUCAGAACGUCCGUCAUCUGUAACACCAGUUGAACCUAUCCUUCAUGAAGAAAUUAAACGAUUAGGUGAUGUACAUGAUGAUGAAUUAAAAUUACAACAAUUGACGAAAGUAUUUCAACCAAUAGCAUAUGCUUUUUAUAAUACAACAUUAUUCAAUAAUUGUCAAUUAGAUACAUGGCAAAAGAAUCUUUGGGUUACUACUGAAUUUCAACGAGUUAUUUCUAGUAAAGGAGACAAAUAUGAUUCAUUUUUACGACCACCACGAUGGAUUAUUGUCUAUCGAAAUAAACACAUUAUUUUUAUAAGUCCUUUCGAAGCCAAUUGGUUAAUUGAUUACUUACGAUCGAGCAAUAUGACUAAUACUACUUUACGUUUAUUAUUACCUCGUACAAAACGCACUCAAUCCAUUUUUGUUAACAUUCCAACGCUAACAAUUCCUCCAUCGAUUACGCAUUCUAAUGAAUCUUCGCCUUCUAUAUAUUCUAUACCAAAUCAACGGUUAGCAUCAUUGUUUGUCUUUAAUGGUACUCUUUAUUUUGAAACAAAUGAUGAGCAAAGAGCCUACUGUCAAUGUUUAAGUUUAUGUCCUAGACCUCGGACGAAAACAGAAAAUAAAGCUUUUGAAAAAGGUUGGAUUGCUAUUGAUGGAUUUGUUAGUAAUCAGAUACACCGUAUUCGUUUAAAUCUCGACGAUACUCAAUUCACAUUGAAUCCUUUGAUAUUUGUAAAGCAAUUGCUAGAAAAUCGAAACAAUUCAUUUAUACCUAUAACGUCUCACGUUGGUAGUAUUAUUUUUAACUCACAGAAACUCGACAAGUAA